GUUUGGCAGUUCUCUUGUGGUGACUACAGUUGAUGGUUUAAAGUAUAGUUUGUCCAAAUAACAUUGAUAUUAUUAAUGUCGAUUUUUAGAAAUAGGGAUUAUUUUACGUAAAUAUGACGGGAAUUUUGCCUUCGUAUCAGCGGUUUGUGAAUGGAGUGCCCGUCCCGUCCAUAUCACGGCGGUCAUUCCGUCUUCGAGAGAAAUAUUUGAUUGUUUCUGUACUUUUGACAUUCGCAAUCGUGUGGUUAGGGGCAUUAUUUUACUUGCCAGAGUUCAAAAGUUCCAAUAGUGUAAAUGACAGUGUUUACAAAGUGUACAAACGAAUUCAAAAAGCAGGCCCUGAACUGCUUAUGCCACCUCCCCUCGCACAAAAUGAUGUGGGAGAAUUCCCUGUGGUUGGUAUCGUGCGACACGGCGAAGAAGGUGACGAUCCACACAUAGUAGAGGACAGAAACCGCUUACGGGCUAAAAUAGAAGAAGAUAUGGGUAUGAAAGUGCUGGAGAGGCCGCAGUUUGACCUGGCUCCCUCUGUGUCGUCGUCAAAAGGCCCAAGUAAACCUCCUGUGGAUGCUAUUGAGGAGCCAGCGUUUGCUAAAAAGGAUAGUGAUAGAAAUAUACUGCCUUCUGGCCAUAAAGCAGAAGGUUCCAAUAAAUAUGAGGUUGUUGCAUUGGGUCCAGGUGCUGAUCCUGAUGUCAAAGCUAAAUUGGAAACUGUGAAAGAGAUGAUGCGACACGCGUGGAACAACUACAAACUGUAUGCGUGGGGCAAGAAUGAACUGAAGCCGAUGUCGAAACGCGCGCACUUGUCCAGCGUGUUCGGCGCCGGAGACCUUGGUGCCACCAUUGUUGACGGUCUUGACACACUCUACCUCAUGGGACUCAUGGAUGAGUUCCGGGAGGGGCGAGACUGGAUUGCAGAGAAUUUACAUUUCAACGAAAUGGAUUCCGAAUUGUCAGUAUUCGAGACCACAAUUCGGUUCGUGGGUGGACUACUAACUUGCUACGCGUUCACGGGCGACACAGUGUUCCGGGACAAGGCGGCUGAAGUGGCGGAUGCACUGUUACCUGCCUUUGAUACGCCCACGGGACUACCCUUCGCCCUCAUCAAUCCAUCCACCAAGGGAAGCAGACAGUAUCACUGGGCAGGUCCCAACAGCAUAUUGUCAGAAGUAGGCACCUUACACUUGGAGUUCACCUACUUAAGUGAAAUCACUGGCCGAGAUGUGUACAAGCAGAAAGUGGAUAGAAUCCGCGAUGUCCUCUACAAUAUAGAGAAACCGAACGACUUGUAUCCAAACUUCAUAAAUCCACGGACCGGACAGUGGGGACAGAGACACGUGUCACUGGGUGCAUUAGGCGACUCUUUCUACGAGUACCUACUGAAGGCGUGGCUGCUGUCGAACCGCGAGGACGAGCAAGCCCGUCUCAUGUUCGACACAGCGAUGCAGGCGGCCCUCGACAAGAUGCUCCGGGUGUCCCCAUCGGGACUCUCGUACCUUGCCGAGCUCAGAUACGGCAGAGUGUAUGAGGAAAAGAUGGACCAUCUCUCGUGUUUCGCUGGCGGCAUGUUCGCACUGGCGUCCACUACGCUAGAGAACUCAUUAUCGGAACGGUACAUGGACGUGGCACGCAAACUCACGCACACCUGCCACGAGAGCUACGCGCGCUCCGAGACGCGGCUCGGGCCCGAGGCGUUCAGAUUCACGGGCGCUGUCGAGGCUCGAGCACAGAAGAGUAAUGAGAAGGUGUACCUCUUGAGGCCGGAGACCUUCGAGAGCUACUUCAUCAUGUGGCGGCUCACUAAGGAGCAGAAGUACCGCGACUGGGGCUGGGAGGCAGUGCAGGCGCUGGAGAAACACUGCCGCGUGGAGGGCGGCUACACGGGUAUUGUCAACGUUUACCACCAGAACCCUCAGGGCGACGAUGUGCAGCAGAGCUUCUUCCUUGCAGAAACGCUCAAGUAUUUAUACCUCCUAUUCGCUGACGACUCGAUAUUACCCCUCGACGAGUGGGUGCUCAACACAGAGGCGCAUCCUCUUCCAAUCAAGAACAAGAACCCACUGUACAGAGCGGCCGACAAGUCCAUCGACCUGGGGAACGAAGACAACCGGGUGUAAACACUAGCUAAUUGUUUUAUUGAGUUUACCGCGUAUUUAUUAAUACAGUCGCCUAUGAGGUAGUAAGUGGUUGGAGAGGAUACAUCCAGGCGAAAGUACUCAAUUGUAACUCGUUAUGUCAUGGCUAUAAUUCUAAUCAUUUAUAUGAAACGACUGAUCAUUGUUAUUCUACCGAUGUUUCCAAUUUUAAAAUAACGUGCCAUAAUUGUAUUCAGCUGAAACUGCAUAAUAAAAAUUGAUUAAAAAAAUAUUGGCACCUAAGACAGAGUAGCAAAAUAUUGCAUAACUGAGAAAUGGUGAGGAAUGGUGAAUGCUAACCAGAGGGAGACUUUGUACAAAAGUCGAAUGCUUGGGUACCUCUGUCCCAUUCGUGUUUCAACCGUGAAGCAGUUGUGUUUGCAUGGCUGUGUUUCGGUUUGAAGGGUGGGAUAUGGCGUGAAUUUACUGGGUACAGAGGAAUAACACCUGAGUCCUCAGGAAUGGCAACGCAUGGGGGGUAUCAUGGGCGAAAUAGUAUACUCUGUUAUGUCCAUGGUACUGCUCAUGUCUAUAGGCGACGGUUACCACUUUCCAUCAGGUGGGCCGUCAGCUUGUUUGCCAUUCUAAGUUGUAUAAAAAAAAAAUUAUUAAAACUAAUGUAAUCUAAAUUAAAUAUGAAUAUCGAAUAUAAAAAUUACUCACGCUGUAUUCUCUUAUAAAGUAUCAAAUAUGUAAAACUAUUUUUUAUGCUAUCUGCCCCAGUAGACAAGGUACAAACGAACAAGGUCAAGAUCAGGCUUCGAUCAGCGCCUGUAUGAGAAAGAACUAGACAGCGCAUGUCGUAGACUUGUUAGCGAUAACGAUUCUAUCAAUAGAUCCGUUUGUAUUUUGUUUAGAGGAAUAAGUGUGACAGGUAAAAGCAUAUAGACACGGACGGGAUAGAAUGUGUGUUUUCUGAUGUCCAUAAUGAUGAUAUCAUUCGUUAACUGUCCAAUGCUGAACAUAGACCUUCUUCUUGGUGGAUUUUGCCAGUAACUGCUUGCUUUGCAGUCGGGUUGACAACCGCAGUUAGUCUUUGGUGAUGUUUUAAGAGGGACGCUGCUGCCCAUCCCUCGCCCUCCCUUAAUCGACUUUUACGGCAUCCACGGGAAAGGAAGGGGUGGCCUAUUCUAUGCCGGGACCACGCGGCUAUUCCGGGACCAUACGGCUACUAUACUCAUAUACAAUAGGUGGUUAAAAUUGCAUUCUACACGCAUGUUGUACAAAUACUCUGCUUACAUAAAAGCUUUUCUCUGCAAACAAAAUGUCCAUCGUUUGCGCAGGGCCAUCAGAAUUGGAAUCCUACAAUUCAUGAUCAAUACAGUCUUUAUUAAUCUACUAUCAAAAGGAUAACAAUGAUCUUUUCUCGCAUUUUACAAUGUGAUGUUUUUUUAAUAACACAAUGACAUAACAUUUAUUGAAACAAAAUAUAUGAUGAUUAAUAUAAGUGUCGUAAUUUAUUUGUUGUAAAUUAGUUGUAUAGUUUUCUUAUGUGAGAUGUAGUUAAAUAAAACUAUGAUUCGUCACAGUAUAUUGUUGAGAUGAAAAACGACAAUUCUUCUAGAUAAUGAUUGUAUAUUUAUUUGCAUUCAAAUUAUUUGUGAAGGAAUUACAAUUAGAAAUUCAAUGAUAGUAUUGGUCAGAUGUUAAGAUCAAUGAAUAAUGUACGCGCACGCAUCCAAUUUAAGAUUAUGUACGUACAGAGGCUGAUUUAGACAGAGAUAGAUAUAAUGCAUAGACUGAAAUCAUCAGGAUUUGUUUAUGCUGAUUCUUUUGUUUAUUCUAUUAUUUAUUAUAUUAAUUUUAAACGAAAAUACUGUCUGUUGGCGUUAAUAUAUGUAUAUUUUGUUAUCACAAAUUUUAUUUAUUUAUUUUUUUAUUAAAAAACUAUGAUAAUUGAUUUCCGUGAAGAAUAAUUUUGAACAUAUUCCUUUUGUUAUACAUCAUUAACAUAUACAUCACGGGAUUUCUGAGUGUAAUACCUUUUGUGCUUUGCAUGUACCGGCUGUUAAUUUGCCCGGCAACUAAGUGUGUAUUCUCAUAUGAACAUAGACAACAGGUAAAUGAAUCUAUCGAUAAAAGUUUAAAUAAACGUUUUUGUUAGCGUAUACCCUCUCUGUCUUAUGCAUGCGGUAGCGAUAACGUAUCCAUCGAUAUAUUUGUUUAUCACUUGUCUAAAAGGACCCGUACAUGUAAAAGCAUUUCGCAUUACGCCCAAUAUUUUAUUUCAUAGGCGUAUUUUAUGUACAGUAUGUUUCAAUAUAACUUCAUGAAAAGGGUUUGUUGAAAUUAUCAUAAAAAACACUAAAAGAUAUUAGUAAUAAAUCAAAGUAAUUAAAUGAAUGAUGACUCAUGACUAAGGAUCACGAAUUGAUUCCGAAACUAGUAGAACUUUCUCAAUCUAAUUACACGUAAGUUAAACCGGUAGAUAUUAUAUUAAAAUUAAAUCAAUGAUCGAUUUUAUAUUCGGACUACUAUUGGAUAUUAUUGGAGACCUUCUUAUGAUCGGAUCGAGUAGUCAUUUGUUUACAUUUCCAUUAAGUUAUGUUAAAACAAACUGUGUAACCACUUACUAUUAAAUAGAAUGUUGGCAACAACCAGAUUGCAUCCCAAUUGGACGAGCGUCAAAUUGUGUUGAGGGCAAUGCCGUUACUAAAUAUUUCGUGCUAUUUAAUAAGUUGUUAAAUACAGCCUUUGUUUUUCUCUCACGAACUGUUAUUGUAAAAUAUUAAAGUGAUUUUUCUGUUUAAUUUUCUUAUGUUCUUUCUAUUUUAAUCUAUAUAUAGCGAGAUACCAUUUGAAUAUAUUGACCUGAAAAUGUAAUUCAUAAUAUAAUUAAUUAUUGAACAUUAAUUAAUUGCAAUUAUAUUUAUUUAAUUUAAAUUGUAAUAAAUUUUUCUUUUGUGAAAUGAACGUUAAUUAGCUUAGGUAAUGUAAAUUAUUAGUUGGACCACAAUAAGUUUGGUGAUGGUUAUUUCAACCAUAAUUUAUCACCGUUCAUUAUACAUUAAUAUAGAAAAGUGAGUUACUUGACCAGUAAAUAUAGUUCAACACGAUUAUCUGUAUUAUAUUCAUAGUUCAAUUAUGUCAACUUGGUUGCAACAUUGACUGUACAAAUCGAUUGUAACCCAUAGUUGAAACUGUAAUGGAUAAGAAAUGAAAACUAACUUACGAUACAUAAAAUAAUGGAAAUAGAAUAAUACCUUAAACAUAACCUCGUCUGUAAUUGGUUAAAAUGUUUAACAAAAAAUAACCUACGUUACAAGUAAUAUAUAAAUAUAAAUAACGUAGUCUGAAAAAAAAAUUGAAACGUUUUUACAUUAAAGUUUUUUAUUUCUUUUUUUAAUAUUGUCUUAUAUUUUUAAUAUUUCUAUAUCUUCUUCUAAUUUUAUAUAUAUUGAGAAUAAACACUCUAAUUCAAGCCCAAAGUUAAUGUUUGCUCAAGUCAAUUAAUGAAGGUAAGAAAAUCGACCAUAUUGAUACGAGAAAA